CGCUGGUCCUGUGUUGACCGGCGUGAUUUUACUCCAAUAAGAAUGGAGGACCGAGUUUCGGCGAGCCAAUAGCCAAAAGCCUAGGGACGGUGGCGCCGGACUGUAAGAGGAAACAAGAAGACAGGCCCAAGAUGGAGGCGGUGGUGGUGGUGGCGGUGUGACAGGAGCUCUAUGGCACCUGCCCAGUCCUACCUCAGCCCAUCUGGACAAAAUCGUAGGCUCCAUGGAACCACCACGAGGCCCUCCUGCUAGUGGGGCUGAGCCAUCUCGGGCAGUUGGCACUGUGAAAGUGUACCUGCCCAACAAGCAACGGACAGUGGUGACUGUCCGGGAUGGCAUGAGUGUCUAUGACUCUUUGGACAAGGCCCUCAAGGUGCGGGGUCUCAAUCAGGACUGCUGCGUGGUCUACAGACUCAUCAAAGGAAGAAAGACAGUCACUGCCUGGGAUACAGCCAUUGCACCUCUGGAUGGUGAGGAGCUCAUUGUAGAGGUCUUAGAAGAUGUGCCACUGACCAUGCACAAUUUUGUACGGAAGACAUUCUUCAGCUUGGCUUUCUGUGACUUCUGCCUCAAGUUUCUGUUCCAUGGCUUCCGCUGCCAAACCUGUGGCUACAAGUUCCACCAGCAUUGUUCCUCCAAGGUCCCCACAGUCUGCGUUGACAUGAGUACCAACCGUCGACAGUUCUGCCACGUCCAGGAUUUGCCUAGAGGCUCCAGGCAGCAGGAGGUUCCCUCAAACCCUUCUGUGAAUGAGCUGCUAACCCCCCAGGGUCCCAGCCCCUGUACCCAGUGUACCCGGGACCCGGAGCACUUCUCCUUCCCUGUCCCUGCCAAUCCCCCACUGCAGCGCAUCCGCUCCACAUCUACUCCUAACGUCCACAUGGUCAGCACCACGGCUCCCAUGGACUCCAGCCUCAUGCAGUUUACUGCUCAGAGCUUCAGCACCGAUGCUGCUGGUAGAGGUGGUGAUGGAGCCCCUCGGGGUAGUCCUAGCCCAGCUAGUAUGUCCUCGGGGAGGAAGUCCCCACAUUCCAAGUCACCUUCAGAGCAGCGGGAGCGGAAAUCCUUGGCAGAUGAAAAGAAAAAAGUGAAGAACCUGGGGUACCGGGACUCAGGCUAUUACUGGGAGGUACCACCCAGUGAGGUACAGCUGUUGAAGAGGAUCGGGACAGGCUCUUUUGGCACUGUGUUUCGGGGGCGUUGGCAUGGCGACGUAGCUGUGAAAGUGCUCAAGGUGGCCCAACCUACCGCUGAGCAGGCCCAGGCCUUCAAGAAUGAGAUGCAGGUGCUCAGGAAGACACGACAUGUCAACAUUUUGCUGUUCAUGGGUUUCAUGACUCGGCCGGGCUUUGCUAUCAUCACCCAGUGGUGUGAGGGUUCCAGCCUCUACCACCACCUACAUGUGGCUGACACACGCUUUGACAUGGUCCAGCUCAUUGAUGUGGCCCGACAGACUGCCCAGGGCAUGGACUACCUCCACGCCAAGAACAUCAUUCACCGAGACCUCAAGUCCAACAAUAUCUUCCUACAUGAGGGGCUCACAGUCAAGAUUGGUGACUUCGGCCUGGCCACAGUGAAGACACGGUGGAGUGGGGCCCAGCCUUUAGAGCAGCCUUCGGGCUCUGUGCUAUGGAUGGCAGCUGAGGUGAUCCGAAUGCAGGACCCGAACCCCUACAGUUUCCAGUCGGAUGUCUAUGCCUAUGGCGUUGUGCUCUAUGAACUUAUGACUGGCUCACUGCCCUACAGCCACAUUGGCAGCCGUGACCAGAUCAUCUUUAUGGUGGGCCGUGGCUAUCUGUCUCCGGACCUCAGCAAAAUCUUCAGUAAUUGUCCCAAGGCCAUGAGGCGCCUGCUGUCUGACUGCCUCAAGUUCCAGCGGGAGGAGCGGCCCCUAUUUCCCCAGAUCCUGGCCACGAUCGAGCUACUGCAGCGGUCACUCCCCAAGAUUGAGCGGAGUGCCUCCGAACCCUCCUUGCACCGCACCCAGGCUGAUGAGUUGCCUGCCUGCCUUCUCAGCGCAGCCCGCCUUGUGCCUUAGACCCCACUCCCAGCCACCAGGGAGCCAAUUUCUGCCUGCCAUGCUAAGGCACCCCUUACUACCAGCCAAUCAUUGUUUUGCCUCUGCCUUGAUACUGCCUCAGGAUUCCCUAUCCCACACCCUGGGAAAUUUGGGGGACCCCAAAAAACUGAGAUCUCCUGCUUCCUCCAUAAUUUGGUUUUCUCUUGGCUUUGGGGAUAUUUCUAAUUUGGAGAGCUGUUUUCCUCUCCAACGGCUGGACUUCACGGCAAGGAUUCCACUCAGAACCAUUUUCUAAAGUUUUUGCCUGAUAUGUCUUCACUGGAUUUUGGGGUUCCCAGCACCCCAUGUGAAUUUGGGAGUUUCCCUUUGUCUCCCCCACUAUACAAGGACUCUCCUCUUUACCAAGAAGCACAGAAUUCUGCUGGGCCUUUGCUUGUUUAUUUUGCUUCCCGACUCUUCUCUGGGGGUUCAGAGUCACUGAGGGGUGGGGCAAGUCCAGGCAAGGAGCGAGGUUGGAGGAAGGUGCGGACCACACAACAGCGCCACUGUACGCAUUACCACAGGCGGCACAAACGAGGACCACAUAUGCCAAGCACGGCACAAGAGGAGGCCAAGUCAGUUACAGACAUAGACAUUGGCAGAGGUGGGGGAGUGGGAGACCACUGGCCUUCCUUGUGCAAAGGAUUCUGAGAGGAUGGGUGGAGUUUGCAUAUUUAAAGACAGCUGUCAGAGGCAGGAAAUUGGGGAGGGGGUUUCUGGAGGAGGGAACUGAGGGGUCCUAGAAGUGGAAGGAACUCCCAGUAUGCUGAAUGGGGUAGAGGAGAGCAGGUGAAGGGAAGUCCUUGAGAGAGUAGGUGGUGGAUGGUAGGUGGCAUUUGAAGAUGUGGAUCUUCAGAGAGAUGACCUCUGGAAGGGGCUUAAGGGCAGGGGCUUCUUGAGGAAAUGGAAACUUUAGAUUAGGAGCAAAGUGUGCUGGAGAGAUUCAGGAGCAAAGAGGAGAAGGGGUUUUCAGGGAUUUCAGAGCUCCAGGAGAGGCUUUGAUGGAUUAGGCCAGAAACGGGCUUU